UUACUCAAUUAUUCUCCCGCUAUGAGGCCUAUGAUGGGUCUCUCAGGAAACAGAGGAGGGAUCCUGGCGCUGGGAGGAGAAAGAUGGCAGAGACGGAGGCUCAGCUGCUUUUGGGUGUAGGUCUAAUUGUGAACAUCUUUCCACCAUAGAAAAAGAUACCAAUGGAGAUGCUCUGUGGGUUUGGUGUUACCCUUCUACAACGACUGGAUUCAGGGAUCUUUUGUUGAGAAAAUGCUGCCUUACAGAUGAGAGCAAGCAGCUUCACACUUUCCUGUUUGGCCAGUACAAACUAACAUGGUUUUACAUUACAACCAUGGAAAUUCCAGACACUUCUGUCCUGAAAAAGGUGACCCAUUUUUCCAUUGUUCUGACAACCAAAGACUUUAACCCGGAGAAAUAUGCAGCCUUCUCUAGGAUCCUCUGUAGAAUAUACCUGAAAUAUGGGAGCCCUGUAAAAAUGAUGGAGAGUUACAUUUCUGUCCUUACAAAGGGGAUUUGUCAGAGUGAAGAAAAUGGUUCUUUCCUAAGCAAAGAUUUUGAUGUCAGAAAAGCUUACCUUGCAGGCUCAGUCAAAGAUAUAGUAUUUCAGUUUGGAAUGGAAACAGUCAUCCUAUAUACUGCACUCAUGUUAAAGAAAAGAAUUGUAGUAUAUCAUCCCAGAAUAGAAACUAUCCUCGAAUUUACAAGGACAUUACCAGCCUUAGUGUGGCACCGACAAGAUUGGUCAAUUCUUCAUUCAUAUGUGCAUCUGAAUGAUGAUGAAUUAGAAGCAUUAAAAAUGUGUCCAGGAUACAUUGCUGGAUGUAUAGAUACAGAAGUGAGCAACAGGCUAGACCUUUAUGAUAUAUACGUGAAUCUGGCUGAAAGUGAAAUCACCAUUUCAAAUCAAGCAAAAGAGGCAAUGACAAUGGGGAAAUUGCAUAAAGAAAUUGGUCAACUAAUUGUUCAAUCUGCAGAAGAUCCAGAGAAAUCUAACAGUCAAGUUAUAAAGGAUGUUUCACUGAAGACAAAGGAAAUCUUGACAAAUCUGGCUUCAUUCACAGAGGUCAUUCAUGAUGGUGAGAAGCCAUCACUUAACUUAGAAGCACUGAAACAAAAGCGAUUUCCACCAGCAACAGAGAAUUUCCUUUAUCAUUUGGCAGCUGCUGAACAAAUGCUUAAGAUCUGAUGUUGUAGAUAAACCUCAGUGGAGUACUUAGAAAUUCUUCUUUACUAUAAUGCUUAUGUAAAGAAUUCUGUGGAAGAAAGAGUAGGGUUUUUUUUUUAUAUACUGUAUAUAUUUCUGGAGAGAAUAAGCAAUGACACAGGCUUGAAAAACCAUCAGUGUGCCAUAAAAUAUUCUUGACUACAGUAUAUCAUUGUCUGUUCUUCCUACAAAGGACCCAAAGACAUGAUGGUUUGAGCUGUGCAUUAAGGUGAAAUAGUAAUUGUCAACCCCAAUCAGCACCUUAGUGGAAAUCAUUAAUCAAAUUGUUAAUGACAUGAACACUGUUAAAAUACACAAAUUAAAUAAGCCUUCCUCAAUUUGGCACCAAGUAUGUUGGGACUGCAACUCCCAUGAUUCCUAGCAUACUGCCUCUAUUACAGUCUCAGCAUAUCCAUAACUUGCAAGAGAGGCUGAAAGUUAGAUCUUUACAGUUAAGUCAGCUGAUACCGUGAACCCAAGAGCUGUAUGCACAAUCUGACCUCCCUCAAGCCCUUGGUGAAUGUUUGACAGAUUACGUCUAUUGGCUACACUGCCAAACACUCAAUGUGCCUGCUGGCCGCACCUUGCACAGGUGCACUUUGGGUUUUUAGAGCAAGAGUGUGUACAACUUUUUGUGAUGAUGAAUCCUGAUUGAGCUUGGAGCUGUUUUGACUUACGAAACAAUCCUACUGAAUAGGGCAGAUUUGUAUAUUAAUAUACCUAGUAGCUGCUGCUUUUAGAGAAAACAGCUAUAAGACCUUUUUUUCCCCUCUCAAGGAAUCAGGAGGUUUAAUUCCUUCCUCCUCCUCUGAAGUUGCUCUCCUCGUGGGAUGCAAGAUGUCAGCAUGUAUCUGGAAUUUUGCAGAAUGAAUAUAGGGCUGGGCCUUUUAUUUGCUUAACUUUGCCUUUUCCUUAAAUAGCCAUUGAAGUUUGGCUGCAUACCUUUUUGUGGGAAGGUUUAGCUUGUUAAUUUAAAACUGUAGCAAUUAUAAAACUAAGAGGUUUGUAAAAAAAAAAACUAAAAAAAUCAAGUUGAGCCUAUGCAGUAGCACUUUGCUUUUUAAAAAAGCCAUUUAUGAUUCUUGCCUUCACAAAUAUAUACCUUAGCAUGUGAUAUACACUUCUUUAAUUAAUCACACUUAUUUAUCCUAAUAUUUUAUGAAAUACUGUUUAACAAUGAUCAAUGAUGCAUACUAGCAAUAUUGAGAAUCUUGUUUUUGACUUAUGAGUUGCAUAUUGUAAUACAGGAGAUAAAGAAGGAAAUGGGCAACUAUUGUAAAAAAAAAAUCUAAAUUAGUGUAUGAAUAUGACUAGAGCUCCCCCUAUUUUCAGGGGUGUGUCAUGCACUUUUGUACAGAAAUAUAUGUUGAUUUAAACAUUUAAAAGCCAACUUAAUACAUUUAAUUUUAUAUGACUGA